AUGCUCCCGAGAACGGUUGCUCUCUGCCAUGUGGCCUUGCUACUGCAUGGGAAGCCGACAAGCGGAUUCACGAAAGUGGAAUUCGAGGUUGUCGGUCCACAAAAUGAGAGGCAAGAAUCGGUGGCGGCGGCUUUCCUUCACGCUUGGAAUGCCUACAAGGUCCAUUGCUGGGGCCAAGACGAGCUUCGACCGGUCACGCAGAGCUGCAGCAAGGACUUCGGAGGUCUGGGCGUGCAGAUCAUCGAUGCGUUGGACUCACUCUGGCUUCUGGGACUUCAGGAGGACGACUAUUACGAAGCCGAGAGGUGGGUCCUUCGGAAUUUCACCUCGGACCUUGAUGUGACAGUUAGCGUGUUCGAGACGGUCAUCCGAGUGCUGGGCGGGCUUCUCUCUGCUUACGGGCUAAGUGGGCAACUGCAGCUUCUGGCUCACGCGGCACAGUUGGGGCAGCGACUUUUGCGUGCCUGGCGCGAGGGCCCAGUGCCCCAUGAGCUGGUGAACCUGAAGACUGGCGAGACCGGCUUCAAAGAGCCGGAGUUGGGAUCCACCUUGGCAGAAGUGGGCACCAUCCAGGGUGAGUUCACAUUGCUCAGUGCAUGGACAGGUGACCCUACUUUCCGCACCAGAGGCAAUCACGUGAUGGAUCUGCUGGGAACACUGCUGGUUGACCACGGUGGGCUCCUACCCAUCAUGAUAAACCCACAGCCACCCAUGCACUGGACGAAUGCAAGAGUCACCCUCGGUGGUCGUGGUGACUCGUUCUAUGAGUACUUGCUUAAGCAGUGGCUCAUCACGAAUCGCACAGAGGAGAGGUACAAAUCCUGGUAUCAACUGUGCGUCGAUGGCAUUCGCCGAGCUUUCGUCGGCCAGUCACGCCCUUCCAACUUCAGCUUCAUUCGUGAAGUCAGCGCCUGGGAUUCAAUCUCACAACUUGUUCCUCCAUCAGAUGGAUGGCAGUGGGAUCCGGAGACGACCGGGGAAGAGUUGCCUGGUCUGGCCUUCUUCUUCCAGUUCCAGGAUGCGACCUCAGGGCUACAGAACGAAGAGAAGGCCCCUGCAAGCUCGCCUGCACCGACAGCUGACAUGGAAGGAGCGAAGCAGCAAGAAAACGGAUCUGUGCAGGGGCCACCUUUGCAUAAUCGGUCGCAGCCUUCAUGGGCGUACAUCAUCAUCCCGUCCAUGUCACCGGACACUGCAUGUGCUUUGAUGGAGCUCCUGCGGUCGCAUCGUUGGGACGUCGCCAGCAAAAUGAUGGCAAUUGUAUUGCCGCCCCCACACAAGCAGCUCUCGGCAAGCAGCCAGUACAGGAUUGAUGCAAUGCUCAGUGGUCAGCUCCAAGACCUUUGCCACAGCCGACAGGAGUUCAAGAUGGACCAUCUCUCCUGUUUCUUUCCUGGGGUGCUGGCGCUGGGAGUCCUUACCGGAGCAGCAGCACGGCCAGCGGAGGAGUUGCUCUUGGCACAAGACUUAACCGAGAGCUGCGCCAGGAUGUGGUUAGACUCGCCUCGAGGCUUAGCUCCCGAGAGCGUCCUUUGGAAUCGAGCGCCUCAGCGCUCCCUCGACUUUCGGGCCACGCCGAAAGAUGCCCACUGCAGCUUGAGACCAGAGGUUGUCGAGUCCUUGUGGUACCUGUAUCUUGCAACCGGGGACCCCAAAUAUCAGGAUUGGGGCUGGUCCAUUUUCCAGGCAAUUGAAGCCUUCGCUCGGGUGGAUUCCGGUGGCUACAGCAGCAUCCAGGAUGUCACAGUUCAAACUGAGCUGGACCGUCGUGACGAGAUGCAGACGUUCCUGCUGAGUGAGACGUUCAAGUACCUCUUUUUGCUCUUUGGAGACAAGCAGCCCCUGGACCUCAACAAGAUCGUGCUCAACACAGAGGGCCAUCCGCUACCAGUCCUUGGUGCUGGCAUCGAGAUGCAGAAAAGUAAGUGCGGAGCGCGGGGUCAGGCCAUCAGCACCUCGCCAUUGUUCCGUGCUUCGGCACAACUGCAGCGACAGAGGCGACGGCACCUGCACGAGGUGUUCUCGGAUUCCCACAAAGAAAGCCACCUCGGCAAACUGGAUGAGCUGGGGCGGGACAGGUAUGCAAAUGCGAGCUUGGAGAAAGCUGGGGCGCCAGGAGUGAUCAAAGGCUUGUCCUGGUGCAAAUCCUUGCUGUUGCAGCGGGAGGAUUUGGAUCAAGACGAUGAAGUUCGCUUGCUGGACAUUGGCAGCUGCAAUAAUGCUCUGGAGUCGGAGCUAACCGCCAGGGAACGGCAUCAGCUGCGGAUCACAGCGGUGGACGUGUGCCCACGGCAUGACUCCGUGUGGCAGUGCGACUUCCUGCAGCUGCAGGUGCUGCCCCGGCACAAGCGUGCUAUCCGAGAAGGACGGCAGCUUGUGGGGCUCCCUGCAGAAAGUUUUCACGCUUGCCUCCUCUCGAUGGUGUUACAUCACUGGCCACAAGAAGUCCAACGUCAGGCCUUGGAUACCGUCCACCGGCUGCUUGUCAGUGAGGGCCAGCUGUUAGUGGUUGAGAAUCGAGCCUGGGAUUCUACAGUGUCUGGGCAUGCAUCAGUCUUGCUGUGCAGGGCUUGGGACGGCCUCCUCCCUGCGUUGACAGAGGAAAUCGCAUGUUCUUUCAACAUGUGGGUUGUCCUAUGGAGGGCACUUCGAGCUCGAUUGGCCCAACACAUGCAACGGAUGCUGCAUCAUGUCCAAACGGGAAUCCUUGCGCUGAUGUUCUGUGCGACAGAAUAG